UUCAUUGUCGUCCCGUCGUAUCCCAUGCUCUCGAGCUAAAGGAGCUGAUUUCUCUCUUUUUUUUUUUUUUUUCUUUCUUCUCCCACCAAAAGCUCUCUCGAUCCCAUCGACGACAAAAAGAUGAACAAGAAGAACCCAGAUCAGAAAUCAGAUUCUUCAUCUUCUCAGAAGAAACAAACCCUCUUCAUAUCAUCAUUAAUCAUCCUAUGGUACACAUCCAACAUCGGUGUUCUUCUCCUCAACAAGUUCCUCCUCUCCAAUUACGGUUUCAAAUUCCCUAUUUUUCUCACAAUGUGUCACAUGUCCGCUUGCGCUAUCCUCAGCUACGUCUCCAUCGUUUUCCUCAAGCUCGUCCCUCUUCAAUACCUCAAAUCUCGUUCUCAGUUUCUCAAGGUCGCGACUCUCAGCAUUGUCUUCUGUGCCUCCGUCGUCGGUGGUAAUAUCUCCCUUCGUUACCUCCCUGUCUCGUUUAAUCAAGCCGUUGGUGCUACGACGCCGUUUUUUACUGCGCUCUUUGCUUAUAUUAUGACCUUUAAGAGAGAAGCUUGGGUCACCUAUGGUGCUCUCGUCCCCGUUGUUACCGGUGUCGUUAUCGCUAGUGGGGGUGAACCGGGUUUUCACUGGUUUGGAUUCAUUAUGUGUAUUAGUGCUACUGCUGCAAGAGCUUUUAAAUCUGUUCUUCAAGGCAUCUUACUUUCUUCAGAGGGAGAAAAGUUGAAUUCGAUGAAUUUGAUGCUUUACAUGUCCCCAAUAGCUGUCAUCGCUCUUCUGCCCGUCACAAUUGUUAUGGAACCGGAUGUGAUGAGUGUGACACUAUCGCUCGGAAAACAACAUAAGUACAUGUGGUUACUUCUCCUUGUUAACUCUGUAAUGGCUUAUUCCGCCAACUUGUUAAACUUUCUGGUAACCAAGCACACAAGCGCGCUUACCCUCCAGGUCCUUGGAAAUGCUAAAGGAGCGGUUGCAGUUGUGAUAUCGAUCCUGCUUUUCCGAAACCCGGUCACAGUGAUGGGAAUUGGCGGGUACAGUAUAACCGUUCUCGGUGUUGUUGCUUAUGGAGAGACUAAACGCAGGUUUAGAUGAAGCUGAGAGACUGAGAUGUUCUCUUACUCAUUUUUGUAUCUAACCUAUAGACAUAUAUAUUAUAUACAUAGGUAACUGUAUCACACUUUGUUAGAUUACUUAUGUUUUUUUGGUCUGGUUAUGAUGAUAUGCCAUUGUUGUUGCGUUGCAAGUUGCAACAACACUCUUUCUCA